UGUGCGGCCCGUGCUCAGCUCCAGCGCGGCUCCAAAGGAGCCGUGAAGGGCCCAGCUCUUCCUGCGUCGCUCCCAGUUUCUCGACAUUUACCCAGGGAACAGUGCGUGGGUUCAUUGAAAAAGUCAUUUAUUUCCUGAGAAAGAGAGUGAGGAUCUCUCUAUGCCACACUCCUCCCCCCAGCCAGCUAGGGUCCCGAGCACCACUGGGCACCCCUGGGCACCCCUGGCAAGUUAAGGUCUACCCAGGUUCUGAACUUGGGCCUCCCUUGUGUCUCUAGCAUCUUGGUGUCAUCCUACUGCCUGUACUACUGUGGCUGGCCCGCACCCAUGUUUAACAGAAGCUGAGUCACACUGGGGUCCUGAUGCCCUGGACCCCCCUGUUCAGUGCCCAGAGGGGACUCCGUGUCUGGCAAACAGACGGCAUUUAUUUCCCGCGUCUUCGUUGAUCGGAGACGGCAUCUGCUUGGUGUGGAUAACCCGUGUGAACAUCACUGAAGCGAGCUUCCCAGUCGCUGGUGCAGCCCAGCAGGGACCCACAGCUCCUGGGAGGAUGGUGCGGAUCUUGGCCAAUGGGGAGAUUGUGCAGGAUGACGAUCCCCGCGUGAGGACCACUGCCCCACCGAGAGGUGGCACUCCUCGACAGAGCUUUCUUAACAGGGGCCAUGGUGCUCCCCCCGGGGGUCCUGGCCCCCGCCAGCAGCAGGCGGGUGCCAGACUAGGUGCCGCUCAGUCGCCCUUCAAUGACCUCAACCGGCAGCUGGUGAACAUGGGCUUCCCCCAGUGGCACCUGGGCAACCACGCCGUGGAGCCGGUGACGUCCAUCCUGUUGCUCUUCCUGCUCAUGAUGCUCGGCGUACGCGGCCUGCUGCUGGUGGGCCUCGUCUACCUGGUGUCGCACCUCAGCCAGCGGUGACUGUGUGCAGCUGCGGGCACUGGAGAGGGACUUGCUGGCCUUGAUGUGAGCAGGCACGUGGGGAGGGGCUGCAGUGGUGCCUUGAGGGUGUGCUCAGAGAAGGGGACACGGCUGUGAGUUUCCCUGUUGUGUUAAGCGUGGGACAGAGGGUGGGCACCCUGGUUCGCUUGAGAUGUUUUCAGGUGGCACAGGGCCUACAUUAAGUGGUGCAAAAUCAGAACUAGAAAGGGGGAUUCCCUUUCCAAUUCCCUUUCCAUCCUUUUUGCCAAGAAUGUCUCAGCUUGGUGCCAAUGUUUUAGUGCCCAUGGAAUGUGGCUGUCUUCCCCAUUACUGGGGAGCAGAGCUUGGGCUUAGGGCGGGGGGAGGGGGGCAAUGUCCAGAUUUUUAUAGCACUCUUUUGUUUCAAUGGUAUAUUUUUUAUCAAUUAUCUUUUAUUUAUGACAAGUGGUACUGGCAGUCCAUUUAUUGUGACAUUUUCAAUAAAUAGAUUUAA